CGGGCGCCUUGGCAGCGGGCGAAGGCUGCCGGGGGUUGAGAGGCGUCGCGGCCGCCGGUGCUCGGCGGUAGCGGAGCCCGGAAAAACGCGCUGUGUGGUCGUGAAGGAAAGGGGUCGGAACAGGGCAUGCGUGCUAAACAUGGAGGAAGAUGGAGAGGAAGACUACAUGUCUGAUUUAUUUAUUAAACAGGAUGUAAGGCCAGGCUUGCCCAUGAUGAGGCGGAUGAAGGAAACUAUUCAGAAAGAAGAAAAGCAAAAAGAAGCCAAUGAGAAAAACAGACAAAAGAGUAUAAAAGAAGAAGAAAAAGAGAGACGCGACUUGGUAUUGAAAAGUGCAUUGGGCACUGAGAACAAAGGCUUUGCUUUGCUCCAGAAGAUGGGCUACAAGAGCGGCCAGGCCCUUGGCAAAAGUGGAGAGGGUAUUGUUGAACCUAUUCCUCUGAACAUAAAAACAGGCAGAAGUGGGCUUGGUCAUGAGGAACUAAAAAAGCGAAAAGCUGAAGAAAAACUGGAAAACUAUAGACAAAAACUCCAUAUGAAAAAACAAGCAAAUGAACAAGCUGCAGAUCAGUUCAGAAUAAGAUUCAAAAACAAACAAGAAGAACGCAAGAUGGAAGGGGACCUCAGAAAAAGCCAGAGGGCCUGCCAGCAAUUAGAUAUGCAAAAAGUGAGACCUGUGUUUUUGGGGGUUGGAAGGAAGGCUACAAACAAAGGUAUUGAUGUUCCCAAGGAGACUUGGUUUUGGCUAGAACCUGAAGAGGAAGAGAAGGAUGAGGAAGACGAGGAAGAUGAAUGCACAAGCUCAGACAUAAGCGUAUCAGAAAAGUUACACAUCCUGACUGCCUAUUUGAGAGAAGAACACUUUUACUGCAUUUGGUGUGGAACAACCUAUGAAGACUCUGAAGAUUUAUCUUCGAACUGCCCUGGAGACAGUGCUGCAGAUCAUGACUAGAGCCUUUCUAAAGGAAGGAGUCCUAGAUAACAGGGCUUGCCAGCACCAUACAACAGAGUUUAUCAAGCUCCAUUAAGUGAAAUUAUUUUCUAAGCUGAUGGAGCAGCUGAAGACCAUCCUCGGCAUUCCCAUCCGCAUGUCUUCCCCAGCUGGCUACAGACACAAGAUUUUUAUGCCUUAAGGAAACAAGACUAAAUAAUUGGUCUUGCCCUUUUGACUGUAAACACCGUGGGACUGUGGACACAUUUGCACGGUCAGCUGUGAGCAGGAACAAGAUGUCUCAGAAACUACUACACAGUAGCUAAACAGAGCCAAGUUGAACCUGCGAGACGCGCAGACACAUUGGUAUGGUUUUCUCAUAUUGGCAAAAGGACCAAGCUAACUGUUCAAGAGUUUCUGGGUCCAACCAUGUACAUAUAUCUUACAAUCACUUUAGACAAGAUACUCAGCAGGUACAUUGCUUCCUACAAAUACGUAGGUUUGAGCAUACAAGCAGUUAUGCUAAUAAUGUGCAAAGUACCAAGAAAAAGCAAAGACACAUAAAAGAUGCAUUUUCAAAAUAAGCUUAAGUAACACCGGUUUUCUUUUUGAAAUAACAUCUUUUUCAAUUAAAGCUACAUAUUCCAAAUUAUUUUUGUUUUCAUUUUGGAAAAACUGCAAGUGUUUUUGCUUGAUAGAAGCUUUGUUCUUGCUCCACUAUGCAGUGAAGACGAGAGCAUGGCAGAGACAAAACUCUCCCAUUCAUAAUUUUUCUAAAAUUAGAAAAAUAUUCCCUUCAAACACUGAUCAAACAAAAAGAUUUAUCAGAAACUUGAAACCCUUUUUGCUAGACAUUAUUCUUUAGCAUGCUUGGGCUUUAAUGUGUAUGUCAGUAGGACAUAAGUGAAAUAAAACCAGUAAUGUUUCUUUACUUCAGUUAUUACAUUUCAGCUGAGGUGUGAGGACUCACGGGCCUUACAGAAAUGAAUUGACGGGAAAAUGUAAAUAGAGACAGUACUCCAGAUAUAGAUUCCUUCUAGCAUGCAAUCAGCAUGCGAUACCAGCAGCAAGGCAAAACAAUAAGACUUGGAGUUUUUUAAAUUUAAAGAUUACAUACCUUAAUUUUCUCAUGACCACUGAAUGCUGAAAGAAUUUCAAACCAAAUUAAUCCCAGUGCAUAAAUAUCUACUUCCUUUCCAUAUCUGUCCCCGAACUACAAAGAUGAGAACAAGAACAAUAGAGGUGUCAAAUCCAACUGGACAACAGUUCCUAAAGCAAAAUUUGAAGUCAGUAGAAAUUUCCACCCCAAGGCUACAGGACUGGCCCUACUUGAUCUUCUUAGUAGUCGUUAACCCUUUCUGCUGCAGACCUGUUAAAUAGUGACUAUUAUGUCACAUUAAGCACACUGAAAUUAAGACUUUUACAGACCUAUACAGAUAAGGCAUGCCAAUAUCUCUGUCACAAAUAAUGAAACAAAUAGAAGGACUCAAAUGCCACAGUUAACAGAGGUCCUAAAUUCAAAUUGGAAUACAUGGCUGGCAGCCUGGUUCUGCAAGAGCAUUCCUUACAGCGCACAGUGUCAGACCCCACAGGUCAGCAGAGCGAAAUAAAAUCACACUUGCAGACAGCUUUCUCCAGAAUACAGUUAUCCUCAUAUACAAUCAUACCAGGGAACUUUAGGCAACUUGGUUUAGUACUGAAAUUAGGAUUGAGCACAUCCAAUGCAAAGUUUAUAUAUAAUGCAAAUCCAGUUACAGAGACACAAAUACAGCAGGAUAUUUACCUGUUCUGGUGCCAUAUAUGAUUUUGUUCCUCUGUUCUCAGUCAGAGUCCCAUAUGCCACAGAAGUCACAAGACCAAAGUCGCCUAUUUUUAUUUUAUCUUCAUGGGAUAUGAAUAUAUUCUGAGGCUAUAUAUAUAUAUUAAAAAAAAAUAAUCACCAUAUGACCUAGGUCUAUUGUCAAGCAUAAUGAGCCACAGAAGUUCUCCCCAUAAAAUUUGAUAAUUAGCAUUAAGGAACUGAUGGGGUGGGAAACAGAAAAAAGUUCAAUUAAUUUUUUAAAAACACAAACUAAAUUUAAAGUAGCACAUGCCACAGUAACUGCAAUGUUUUUUCCCACUCAGUCGUAACCAUAUCAUUCUUUAAUGCUCUUCAGAUACAUUAUGCAUAUAACAUUUCAUAUCCAGAAGUGCUUUUUAGUCUUCAGUCCUAGCCCUGGGAUUUGAUACACUUGGGCAAAGCAUUUAGGCUCACAUGGAAUUCCACUCAAAUCAUAGUUUCUCCUAAGCACAGCAGGAUUAUCUGUAUGAAGUCAAUUGUAGAGUUAGGGCUUACUAUAGGCAUCUCACAGUCUCACAUUUAAGUUUCCAUUGAACAUCCCAUUUUUAAAUUUGACAAACUCAUAAGCAACUAAAAAUAGAAUUGUAUAUGCUUGGAUGAAAUUUGCCAAAGAAGAUAAAGAAACUAUAUUUCUGAAUGUUAUUAAACCAAAACCGAAUAGCCUCAUGCAAUCUUUUACUCAAAGAGGCCAGGAGAGACUUAAUAUUUAACAGGAAGAGAUCUUUGUGUCAAGAAUGCCCAAUGUAGUUCUUCAGUUCAAGUUUGACCAUGUCCACACACAUUUAAUACAGUACCUAUACCUGGGUAUGCUAUUUGAAGACUACAUUCAUACCAGACACAAAUGGGAUUCAUCUCAGCUUGAACCUAUCCUGCAGCUUUGAUUCUAGGGCAUGGAGAUCUCAGAUGGCCAAGCAUCUAAGUUGACAGCAGAUCAAAGUGGGGAGAAAAGUUCCUAAAUUCAAAUGCAGACAGGCAAGUUAGCAAUAGGACUUGGAAGCAGGUUACAGCCAGAUGCCAUAGAUAAGUGACUGGGGCAGCAGAUUCAUAUGAAUAGGGAAAAGUAGGAGAUUGAGCUGAGACGAAAAUAAAGUCGGACUGAAGGAGCAAGCAAAUACAAAGCACACAGAGUAAGAAGAGCUAAGAAUUAAUGGGUGAGGAGAGAAAGCACUUGUUAGGCCUCUUCUCCCAGGCAUCUGGGGAAAAUAGUGAGUGUAUAUUUGUGGUUCAUUCCGGUAUUGUAGCAAUAAGCCUGAUAGAAAAGCUCUAGAAGAUAUGAAGAUUCUAUGAGUGGGCAGUGAAUGUGAUCUGGAACUACACUGUGAACACAAAAUGCAAAAGAUUUCAAUUUCUGGUUCAAGAAGUCCAUAAACUUCAGGUUACUGGAAGCCUUGAAAGGAAGAGAGUAUGCAUCAAGGACAGCAUCACUGUAUCACCUCUCAGCUCUAAUACGCUCUAGGUGUUUGGAAUUAGCCACAACAGAAGGAGAACAGCAUCCUAGAUUGACAUUUAAUGUGACCCACUAGAGCCAUUUUUAGGACCACCACCAUACUAAUGACUUUUUCACAAAGUGAGUGAUUUAAAACUCUGUAAGCAACAUUAUAGCUGGCAUAUGAAGCUCUGAAGGCUUGCAACUUUGUCCUAUAUAAUCUUCAUAUUGAAAUAAAAUCUUUCCAUGAUUGUGCA